AUGCAACCUCCAGCCUCUUCGGGAGCCCGCUUGCCUCCACCAGGACAAUCAAGUCCCUCCGUACGUGCAACUCUCUCCUCAUCAACUUCCGCUCAUGUUGGUCUCCCUACACCUUUCGACUAUCCCCCGAUGCACAAUAUGGUUCACGGUUUUCGAAGCCCCCAACAGCCACCACUAAAAGAGGCCACUUCGCCAGCAGCCGCCUUGCCUUCUGCUUACGACAUGGCCGCAGUUUUUAUUUCUGCUUCUUCCUCCGCUGCUGCCGCUGCUGCUGCUGCCUCGGCUGCUUCACUGCGUCCUUUUGGUCCGUCUGCUCAAAAGCGAUCGGCUGCUAUCUCACCGCUAGCUCUUGGUUCUGGUGGAGGCGGGGGAGGGGUGGGGAGUGGCAGUCCUGUGAUCACUGGAGGCAGCGAGUGCGACGCGACCACCGCCUCACAGUCGGACGACGCGGAGGUGGAUGGCGGAGCUGGUGGUGGUGGAGGUGGUAACGAAGCCGACGGUGUCUGGUCUACAGAGAUUGAGCAGUACUUUCAAGAAGCGUUGGAACUCUACCCCCCAUGCGGCAGACGAAAAAUCAUUUUGGCAGAAGAAGGCAAAAUGUAUGGUGAGUGA